UUCGCGGCUCUUUGCGGACACGCUAACCGUGACCGAGCUUCUAUACGGCGUUAUAUGGUUUUUGAAUAGUCUUCCGCUGGGUCCCCUUGGAAAAAUUCACAUCGCGGAGAUCGGAUGAGUUAUACGAGACUGCAACUAGGCCCUAUCGCGUCUCCGGAAAAGCCCUCAAUUCGACGUUCUCCGUAGUUCUUUGGCAUCAAGCUCUACACGGAGUUCAAUCUUUUAAGAUAGACAUACCUAAUCCCAACCAAGGGAGAGCAGACUGGCCAUCUCGCCUGCGGUGUCAUGUCGGGACGUAGCGCCUACGUCCGAAAAAAGAUCACCGACACGAAAUCGGGUGGACGGUCCUCGGAAAGCCGUCGUUACUCCGAGAGCGACGACAUUUCGAUAAACGACCAUGGCUUCCCGCAAGGCACCGGCUAUGGUACAACAAACGCGCGGUUCCUUAAGUUCACUGAGCCGUCGAGGGAGAUAGAGCUAGCCAACUAUCGCAGCUACAUCAUCAACUCGGGCAAUCCUAGCAGCAGCAGUCAAAGCGGCGGAAGCGAAUCCGGCAGGAAGGAUGGCGGCAGUAACAAUAGCCAACCGCAUCAGGGCCCGAUGCCCGACUUCGCGUACGCCAGGACGAGGAAGCCGGUCUUGAGGACGGAGGACGUGUCUGGAAUAGAGCGAUCAGGAUUUCGAAGCGCGGUAGACAAGAAGAGUGACGAGUUCCGCAAGAAUCUCACCAAAGCCUUCACGUUCGGAGCUAGGAGGAAGAAGCUCGCCGAAAACGCCAGGUCCGAGUGCUCCGCCGCUACAAGAUCUUAUAACGAUUCCGAGUUCUUCGACGUGCACGAGCUUCCUUCGACGUCUAUCCAAACCCCGCAGCAGUUGGUGUGGGAUCCCGAGUAUCAGCAGAUCGUCUCGCCGCCGCCGUCCGUCAAACUACCCCCAAUUCCUCCCCCUUCGACGACGCCUCUGAUUAAACGUUGGAUCAGUGCCGGAAGGCCUGCUCAACGGUGGAACAAGCUCCGAAAGGACCCCGAGCUGUGGGAUCCCAACGGCGACGUAUUGGUAUUCUUUGGCCGCAGAGGACAGAGCCCGCGGCCAAACCCUUCUUUCCGCUUGUCGUCUCAUAUAAUCGAAGCCACGGAAUCUCGAUUCCUCAUUACCCUUCUUCGUGAAGGGUCUACGGAGGACGAGUACGAUCCGCGCGUGCACGUAUCCCAAUCGCCUAUCGGAGCGCCGCCGAUGCUGCGAUCGCAUAGUACGCAUCCGCAACUUAGUUAUAACUUGGGUCGGAACGGUCAGCCCACGCCCCCGGUCUCUGAAGACACCAGCCUUACAGACAUCGACGGUCAGAUUUCCUACGAGAUGUACUUCCCCACGCCGCCGACUAUGGGGAAAGUCGAAGCCCUCCGUUACGCCAUAACGACGCGCAAUAUUUUCGCGCUUCUGUAUCACGCAUCUCCAGUUGGCUUAUCGCUCUCCCAGGCGCUAUCCGACCUGCUUGAACGCCUCAAGGCUUACAUGCCCACCGAGGCGGACAACCUGGGCACGAUCCUAAAUUACCUAUCCGCUCGCGGGAUCGACGACCCCCGCAACGACCCGGAAACGGCCGUUUCUCUCCUCGCGUGGUCGGAAACGCCAGAGGUGCGGUGGGAAGAGGGUUGGUGCGAGGCGUUCGCGCAUUGUACCGGGAUGUACUCCCGACUAGAGGCCUGCGCAGAUUUCAAAUUCGUCACCCCCGUCACUCGGGCUCUCUUAGACAGAGCCUACCUCGAGACGCAACUUCGCGUACAAGCUGCGGAAGAGCGCCUCGCCGAGUUUUCCUGCGAGGAUAUCUGGCCGACCACCGGCCCGGUCGCGAGAGGUUCUGCGAAAGACACGGCCGAGCGCUUGCGCCAGUUCUUCAUAUCGCAUUACGCCAAAGUCCACGGCUACUGGCCUCCGCCUGAAGCCGGCGCGAGAACCGCCGAAGGCGAGGAAACGUGGCUGAGCAGGACGUUGGCAAGGCAGAUGCAAAAGGAUUUCGGAGCGCUGUAUGACUACCUGGUUAAUCGAGAUAUCGUAUGGGACGAGACGGAGGAGCGAAGUAGUCGGAAAUGGAUGAUGGUUUCGGAGAGCGGCAACAAAUCAUUCGAAGCCGACACGCCCGACCUGCCUCUCACAGACAUGCUGAUCCAGUUCGACAACCGCAUGCGAUUCCCUCAUAUCCCACACCCUUAUCCUCUCGUCCCCGAGUCGAUCGUACUAAAUAAUACGUCUUCGGCUAGCUCGAGCCGAGAGAGGUUUAAGAAGGACAAGAACAGCAGCGCCAACAACGCGAAACAAGCCUCCGACGAUCGCAAUGCCGAAAGACGCGCGCAGUUUGCAUAUACCGAAGCGACUAACAUAUACAUCUUGGGGUCUGAUUUCAAACAUUCCGACCUCAUCGAGAGCUUCGUCAAAUUUGAAAAGACGGACCAAGUCGGCGCCUUAGACCCCUUCGUCGCGCGUCGUGGCCGUUGGGUGCUCAUCUACUGCAUCUUGCAAGCUCUAGCUAGCGUGUCGGUAGACGCGCCCAACAUUAGAUAUAAAGACAACGUGUCGUACCACCUCUCUCCGCGCUUCAAAGACAGCAAAACCCCGCCGUGGAAGCACGGCGCGUCCGCGCCUGAUGCAGAAGCCUACCACAAGCUCUCGCACUGCUGGCUCGCGCCCUGGACGUGGCAGCAGAGCGGCAGCGGCGGCGAGAGUGCCGAUUCGGACGGGUCUACGGAUUCCAACAUGCACUCGGGCGAUCCUGUGCUGCGCAUGAUGCGGGCUCAGGCACAGAAGCUGCCACGACCCCCGAGGACCGUAACCAGCCGUUCCAGCAACGGGGGGUGGUAUACGCCGCGCAGCGUCCUGUCCCCGACCAAUAGCGUAGCCAUCCCUGCUCCUCUAACCCCUACUACGACCUGGGGUGGUUCGGACGAUACCGCCUCGAGUAUUAUCCGGCCGUCCUCGUCGGCAGGGUAUUACCAAGGCCAAGGUCAAGGCCGCAAGAGCUAUGCCAGUUCGCGAGGUGCUAGGAGCGAGCGUAGCUACGCGACAUUUGGUCCCGGUAGUGCUGGUUUAGGCGGCGGCAGACUCGAAGAAGCUAGACAGCCGCCGCUACAUCAACAACAGGGUAUGAGUACUGGUAUGAGCACCAGCAUGAGCAUACAGCGUACAAAGGCGCCAGCACCGCUAGAUCUCAACCUCGACGUAACGCAGGUAGAUGGCUUCCUCGACCCUAGCCAUAGCCCCUCAAGCGUAGGCGGUGCCCACAUCCUCAGUCCGAAUAGUUCGGAUGGCCUCGGUCCGGUAAUCCGAGACUUUGACGAGCUUGAAUCUGUCGUGGAGGAGGAUGGCUAAGGGUUAUGUACUAAUAAUUCUACGGAAGUCUUUGAUGGGUCUUUUUUGGAUGGUGGUUUUUGGGACAGGUGUAAAGGGGCAGGGGUUGAAGGAGGAAAAUAUUUAUUU